GGAGUGUUAUGGCGAAUUAACGCAUUAAGUUUCUAAUUAUACGUAUAUAAGUUUCUUUCUUGCCAAUAUAUAUACCUUAAACGUACGGAGUAUGAGUUAUCAUAACUCAAAUUUAGUUUCUAAUUUCAGGGUUCAAGUAAAAAAUGAGAGAUGCAUUACGCGUCAUGAAAUCAUUCCCGAGCUUGCCGCGAUUAGUUGUGAUAGAUCUCGACUACACUUUGUGGCCCUUUUACUGUCAUAGCCGAUCUGAACAUGAUUACGCAGAAUUGUUUCCUCAAGCGAGAGAGAUAUUAGUGGCUCUAUAUGAAAUGGGAGUUGGCGUUGCAAUUGCCUCAAGAACACCCACUCCAAACAUAGCUCGUGUUUUCUUACUUAAGCUAGGUUUAGGAUCAAUAUUUAUUGCAAAGGAAAUGUUUCCAAGUAGGUCACCCAAAACAGAACAUUUUGAAAGGAUCCAUAGAAGAACAAUGGUGCCUUAUAAUCAAAUGUUGUUUUUUGACGAUGAGAAAAGGAACAUUGAUGCGGUAAGUCCACUGCUUAGCUAUAAGUGUAAUAUAUUUCUCGUUAACUUAAUUUUUUUUUUUAAUUUUCAUCAAGUUCACAAAUUUAUUCUAAUCUUUAUCUUUUAUUAAAGAGACUCAAAUUUCAUCUUUUUAAAUUAGAAAAGUUGUGUCAAAUUAUCACUUAUCGGUAUCAAUAAUGUUUAUAUAUUUCAAUAUUUGUAUCUAAUUAAAUAAUACCUAUUCCGUAGUAACCAGUCAUUUACCUUUUGUAUAAUUUUAGCGAUAACUAAAAUAAACGGGAAAACUGUCAAUUUGGUUCUCGUACUAUCACAAAAAAGUCAAUUAGGUCCUCGUAUUUUAAAAAAAUUCAAUCAAAUCCCGAACUUUGUAAAAACGUUCAAUUGUGUCCAUUUGCAGGUUACUUGCCGUGUCAGCAGAUCAUUUGCUGACGUGACGCACACGUGGACCGCCACGUGUGCACCGUGCCAUCAUCAAAUGGGUGAUUGGACUUCCACAUGUGUGUCACGUCAUCAAAGUCGCUGCUGAUUGGACUGCCACGUGUGCGCAGUCAGUGGAUGACCUACUGACAUGACAAGUAACCUGCAAAUGGACACAAUUGAAUAUAUAGUUGAUUUAUUUAGCUACUAAUCUAAAAUGUAAUCAUUUUUUUAAUUUAGGCAUCUCAAAUGGGAGUGACAAGCGUGUUGGUAACCAAUGGCAUAAAUCUUAAAGCUCUAUAUGAAGGACUCUCAGCAUUCCAUCAACGCCAUAUUCUACCUCCACAACAUGCAUUUAUGAUACCCCAUCACCAUCCUAGUCGAAUUGCGCCUCCCGCCCAACCUCAACUUCAUGGGUAUUGCAACACGUCACAUAUUGUGCAACCUCGCCCAGAAGGAUGUUGCAACAUUCCAUGCAUGCAUUUCAAAAUGAUGUCAUUAUGUCGCUAUCGUCACCAUCACCAUCACCAUCACCAUAGCAAUCGCCAUAGGCACAUUUAGCCAUGUUUCAAGUUGACUUGUUCUGAUUAAUACUUUAUUUAAUUACAUAAUAUUAACCAUAUUAUCAUGGUUCCUUCUAAUUUUUUCAUACAAGUGAUCAAGAUUAUGUUAUAAA